UCAAACCUUUUGAAAAUACGUCGAGCGGCAACCCACUGUAACCGAUACGUGACACCGCACACGCACACAAAUAUAGCUCCCCUAGAAUCUCCCUUCACUUUGCUUCUUCCGCCCACCCGAAGCAGGACUCUAACCGGUACCGGGAAACACCAUGUCGGACCAAUCGGCCUUCGACACAGACGUGUGGACGCUGACCCGUUUCGUCAUGGAGACGGGCCGCCAGGCCAAGGGUGCGACGGGCGAACUGACACAGCUGCUCAACGCCAUGAUGACCGCCAUCAAGGCCAUCUCCUCGGCCGUGCGCAAGGCGGGCCUGGCCCACUUGCAGGGCAUGGCGGGCUGCGUGAAUGUGACGGGGGACGACGUGAAGAAGCUGGACGUGCUGUCCAACGACCUGGUGGUCAACAUGCUGAAAGCCUCCUACGGCACCUGCUGCAUGGUUUCCGAGGAGGACAAGAGCCUCAUCGUCACACCCCAAGACAAGAGGGGGAAGUACGUGGUGUGCUUUGACCCUCUGGACGGCUCCAGCAACAUCGACUGUCUGGCUUCCAUCGGCACCAUCUUUGCCGUCUACAAACGAGUGAGCGAGGGCGAGCCCACCGAGGAGGACGCCCUCCAGCCGGGCAGCAGUAUGGUGUGCGCCGGUUACGCCCUCUACGGCAGCGCCACCCUGGUGGCCCUCAGCACCGGUGCCGGCCUCAACUUCUUCAUGCUGGACCCGGCCAUCGGCGAGUUCAUCCUGACCGAGAGGAACGUGAGGAUCAAGCCCAGGGGGAAGAUCUACAGCUUGAACGAGGGCUACGCCAAGUACUUCCACCCCUCCGUCAACCACUACAUCCAUCACAAGAAGAACCCCGAGGACGGCGGCAGCCCGUACGGCGCUCGCUACGUGGGCUCCAUGGUGUCCGACGUCCACCGCACCAUCGCGUACGGCGGCAUCUUCAUGUACCCGGCCAACCAGAAGAACCCGGAAGGGAAGCUUCGUCUGCUGUAUGAGUGCAACCCGAUCGCCUUUCUGGUUGAGCAGGCAGGGGGCCUGGCCACGACGGGUACUCAGAGGGUCCUGGACGUGCGGCCUCGGGCCCUCCAUCAGCGGGUGCCCUUCGUGGUGGGCUCGCCUGAUGAUGUCAACGAGUAUUUGGCCUUUGUCCACAAAUACCAGUAGGGAGGACUAAGCUAU